CCGGACUGGGUGGGAGCGGCCGGGUCCCGGGUGUAUGCAGCCGCCGGACGCGCCGGGGCCGGGAGCGGGGAAGAGGGGCGCUGACGAGCAGCAUGGAUGCCCCACGGAGGGACAUGGAGUUGCUGAGCAACAGCCUGGCGGCCUACGCACACAUCCGCGCUAACCCCGAGAGCUUUGGCCUCUACUUCGUGCUGGGAGUCUGCUUUGGCCUGCUGCUGACCCUGUGUCUACUAGUCAUCAGCAUCUCCUGUGCGCCCCGCCCGCGGCCCCGGGCCCCUGCGCAGCGCCGGGACCCCCGCGGCAGCACCCUGGAGCCCGAGGACGACGACGACGACGACGACGAGGACACGGUGACCCGGCUGGGCCCCGACGACACGCUGCCGGGCCCCGAGCUGAGCGCCGAGCCAGACGGGCCGCUGAGCGUCAACGUCUUCACGUCGGCAGAGGAGCUGGAGCGGGCGCAGCGCCUGGAGGAGCGGGAACGGAUCCUGAGGGAGAUUUGGCGCACCGGGCAGCCGGACCUGCUGGGCACCGGCACGCUGGGGCCCAGCGCCACGGCCACAGGCACCCUGGGUCGCAUGCACUAUUACUGACCGGCCCCUUUCCACUGCAAAGAGCUCUGCAUACUGGACAUGCGCAGGAACUCACAGCUGCCCCAGGACCUUGGGACUGCCCCUGCCCACGGUGCUAUGGAGGCCCCGCCCCCACAGCUCCCCCAGUGCUAUUGGGCCUGGAUCCCCACCUUCUGGGAUACCCAGUCCUGCCACAAAGCCCGUGGGGGACAGGACACAGGGUUCCCAGCCCCUUUCGUGGGAUCGGUUAAGAGAUGACCAAUGAAAACUGC